AUGACGGACUACACCUACUACAGCUCAUCCGCGUCCAGAGGCUUCACCUUUUUGAUACCCUACCAUGUCCAAGCCAUCUUUGUCAGUACUACGAAGAAGCUACCUUCCGCCGUGCGUCCAGUCUACCGCGAGUAUUUUGGCGACAUCAUGGCAUGUCGAGAUCGAGCUCGAGCCUCGGCCGAGGCGAUGCAAGCGUUCGUAAAUGAGGACUUUCCGCGUAUUUCGAAGGACCAUAACCGACUAGCGAAUCUGAUGAAUGCGGAGAUCGAUAAGCAGCGGAACAAUGUGUUGGUCAAGUUACCAAUCACGGGCGAUGGAACAGCGGCUGAAGACGACGAGGACGAACCGGUGGCGCAAUCGCGGACAAGGGAGCAAGGUGUGGCUAAGUCGGACAAAAACGCGGUCUCCAAAGUUGUGUCAGAGGCCGCCGCGGAGGCUACAGUGCGUGAAAAGUCCCCCGAUGCAGCUUCUCCUCCGACUAUGGCGAAUGCGGAGCUUGUUCAGCCAACCCUGCGUCAGGACCCCGCGACAUCGCCGGCUUCUCCAACCGGUAUAGACAGCGAACAAUCCGAGGUAGACGAAGAAGACAGCGAGCUGAGUGUGAUAUUUGUCGACACAUCAGAGCCUUGGAACGAAUCGCUCUGGCCACACGGUACCUGGAUCGAUGGUCUAGAAGUCAUCGACGCGCUUCCAUGGGCGCACUCAAGCCGACCUAAUCGCAUCGUCCCGGACGGCCAGUCUCCCCACAACGAGCCAGAACAUGCCGCGGCUAAUCCUCAUUCCUCUUAA